GCAGCCUGGCAGCUGGCAGCCUGGCGCCAUCUUGCACGAUGGGCAAGUCCGCGGCUGGUGGCAAGAAGGCCGUCGCCAAGCACAGCAUCAAGAAGAAGGUCACCUGGGCAGAGGAGAUCUUGGCAGCGCCGCCCAGGACUUGCGAGGCAUGUAAGCAGACGUCCCAGGACAUGGACAGGCACGGGGACGGGACGCGCCGCGUGAAGUGGAGCAAAGCCGAGAGGAGCCGCACCACGGGAGAGGUGUACCUGACAGGCAGCGAGUGCUACCUCUGCUUCGACAUGCGCAGGCGCUUCUUCGACGGCUGCAGCUUCGAGACCUUGCAGGCGCAGAGGAAGGAUUGCCCGUCUCUCGAUGCUCGCUGCGAGGCGCUCAGGAAGGACAGGUGCACAAAGGCUGGGGAGUUCUCGCAUCAAGAGAAGAAGCCAGUGGAGCAGUGGGUGGCCGAGCUGGAGUCUGAGUUCUGCGAGGCCUACGAAGAAGGUGCCUUCUACACUCUCCAGCAGUUCUGCAAGGCCCACAAGAUCAAGUGCGUCGACGGCGACGCAGACGACACCUUGACGAGGAGGAUUCGCAAGACGUGGCCCGACAUUGAGAUCUCUCGGGACGCACGUUUGAAAUCGGUGGGUGUCUGGUACGUCAACGACCCGAACCCGAACAGGGGCAACUACAAGUUUCGCAGGGGCGUCAAGAGCGAGGUGCAGUUGCAGAAGCGACAGAAGCCCGUGGACGAUGAGCUUGCAGCCGAGGCGAUCGCCGACAUCAAGAAGGCCAAGAGGAUUCGAGGUAUGGCCCCUGCCGCAGCUGGACAUGUCGGCGGUCGCGCGCGGGACGUCGACUACGACGUCGCGAUGCUCAGCGACGUGAGUUCCGACGACGGCGAGCAGCGCGCCCAGCUCCAGGACGAGGAGGUCGGCAGCGCCGCUGCUCGCAAGAAGGGCAAGCCCACGCCGCAGGAGUCCGCCACUCAGAGGUUUGAGAAGGUCAUGGAGAGGGCUCGUGAGCACCAUUCGGCAGAGAAGGAGUGGACGCAGCGCCCGAAGCGCAGGAUCCACGAUGCCACCGUCAACGCAUUGGCCAAAUCCGCCCGCGAGAUGGCCAGGUUCACUGGAGACGAUGAUUUCUCAGCGAAGUCGGAACAAGCAGGGAUGGUGAUCAAGGAGAUCUCGGCCAGGCGUAUCUUCUUCGAGGAGAUCAGGGGCAAGACCGUGGACGUGGCAAAGCGGACCAUCACCAGCGCGGAGCACCAGGUUAUGGUCGGUUGUUCUGUGAGCUUAAGGUCGCAGAUCAUCCAGCAAGCCUGCUUCACGCUAGCGACGAGCGAACCGCCACUCAUGAUCAAGUUUGCCAUGUGCCCCCGGGCUCCUGCUCCCGAGGGCGAUUCUCAACCAGUUGAGUGGCCUCGCGUCGAGACUCUGUGCCUCGGGCUGCUGUGGGAGACCGCGUCGUGCAAGGCUGACGCCAUCAUGGCGGACUCGCUGGCGGUGCGAACUCAGGCUGGCCUUGUGACCGACAUGGUGGAGCGAAUCGUCAUCGAGAGUCCGAGCGAGGCGACGGUGCUGAAGAGGAUUGCCGACGUCAAGGAGUACUUGGGCAAGGAGUUCCAGCCUUUCGACUUCAGCGUGUGUGACGACGCGCGGGAACCUUUCACGAAGGCCAGUCUCUUCGAGCAGCCCUACAUGGACGUGUCCGCUCUCGUCGUCGCAGGCGACGUGUUGACGUGCAUUCGUGAGGCGAAGCCUGUGGCAGGGGCUUUGCGCAAGAUGUCCAGAAUGAUGCUCUCCAAGAUCGACGCAGUUUCGACGCGUGUACGGAAUCUAGCUACCGCUGCAGGGGUGAGGGCACUCUCGAACAGCAACGUCAUGAAACUCGCGUGGGAUCACCUGGUCGAGCUGCUCGCCUCUGAUGGCAACCUCGCCAAUGCAGAUUGCGUGAAGGAGGCUGCGGCGGCUGCCAGCCAGUUCAAGGAGAAGGUCUUGAGUAUCGCCACGGGCUUGAAGGAGCCCAGCGGCAAGAGCGAGGAUGCCUACAACGCCGUCGUGGACGUUUGCCAGGAGGAGCAGCAAGAUAUCUCAAUGAAAUUUUGCGCCACGUGCAUCGUGAAUGCAGACCCGAGUGACUUCGAGGAUACGGUCUACGCGGAGAACAUGAACAUGGCCAAGGUGGUGAACGCGUUCAUGUGCAAUACGUUGAUGAGCUGGUUCAGCGUGGAGGAUCUCCAGGUUGAGGAUGACACGUGGGGCGAGCUCUACUGGGUUGGAAACGUCUUGGAGUACUGCGCCCACUUCGCGCCGAAGUCCCAGGCCCUCCAGAGCACGCGCAAGAAGAUGAUCCUCACGCACCACGUCAAGAGUCUGCUGAUGGCGACUUCCACGGUCACGGAGGACUGCGCGACGGGGCUCAGGGAGUGGGUGAAGGCUCACUUGAUGGACUCGGGCCUGAAGCCAGCUGCUGACCAGGAGGUGAACGACAUCUUGGGCGACAGCUUCAUGACCUUCUUGCACAAACUGAACCACGCUUGGGCUGGAGUCCAGGUGGCCACCCCCUUGAUGUCCUACGUCCGACGCGUCGUGCACUCGCCGUUCUGUUCUGACGCAUUCUUGUCCGUUGCGAAGGAGUUCGAGAGCAAAGUGCCUGAUGGUGUGAAGGCGCUCUUGGUGUCAGCACGGAGCAUGAAAGCCCUGGAGAGAUCGUUCGGCUGGGUCAAAGACGGCAGACAGAUCGGCAUGAUCGAAUUGACGACCGCCCUCAUGGACGCGAGCACCGUCACGAACGACGUUCGCGAGCUGGAGUCGUUCGGGAAGCAUGAGAAUGAGCUGAUCAGGGUGUGGAGGCUUGCGCCCCGCGACCUCACCAAGCCCGACGUGGAGGAAGAAAUCCAACAGUUCUUGGACAAGUGCAGCGGCUUGGAGGAAGCCUUGAACAAGUGGUCGUUCAAGGGGGAGCUCGCGUUUCUCACCUCGGACGGCAACGACUCGGCAUGGGCGGCGAUGAUCAGACGUUUCGAGACGUUCAUUGCCACGACGCCCACAUCCGAGCGCAUAUGUGAGUUCCUGGUCUCCAACGUCUCCAUGCUCAAGUGGGCUGACGACAAGGAGAUGAGUGUGGUUCGGUCUCUCAGUGAGUACAGUGCGAAUCGCUCGUCGCUUGCUUUGAAGCUUGGUAGUGCUUUGUCGGAGAUGGUGCUGGCUAACUGCAUCAAUGCUGCGCCUGCGUGUGCUCUCCAGCGUUCGUUGGAGCUGACUGCGGGCAUCCUGCCCAAGCGUUUCAAUGCGAAGCUCCAGGAUUUGAAUCAGGCCUUGCAGGAUCGGGUUGCAGCCGUCCUUGCCAGGCCGCCAGACACCAGCGGCGAGAAGUCUCACAUCAGUGUUGGUGGUACCGACUUCUCGAGUAUCGCAGGAGGCAGUGCUGGCCCGUCGAAGUCGACAGCUGCCCCUGCAAGCGACAGGCCGACCCUUAAGAAGAAGGGCUCGCAGGCGCUGCAAUAG